AUGCUGUUAGAUUCAAUUUCCGGUUAAAUGUCACUUGCUAAUUUUUUUACGAAAAAUCGAAAUUUGCCGCUGAUUCAAACAUCGUAAACAUCGUAAAGGCAACAGUAUGCCACUGUACGAAGGGUAUACGAGUGACAAGAAUGUGAUCAUCUUUGAUUUUGGUACAGCUUACACAAAAUGUGGUGUAGCAGGAGAAAUGUGUCCAAGAUGUGUAAUACCAUCAAAGUUGAAGGAUGAAAAGACAGGCAAGGUGAGGAAGUUAUGGGUGUAUAAAACUGAAGAUGAACUGUUCGAAAAUCUGAAAGAUUUCCUCUUUAAUCUGUACUUCAGGCACCUACUAAUCAAUCCAAAGGAUAGAAGAAUGGUUGUUUGUGAAUCUCUACUGUGUCCAGCUUCCUUCAGGGAAACUCUAGCUAGGGUACUCUUUAAACAUUUUGAGGUUGGUUCUGUAAUGUUUACACCUUGUCACUUGACAGCCAUGUUAAUGCUGGGAACCAAUACAGGACUUGUGAUGGAUGUUGGUUAUAAUGAAGCUCUAGUCGUUCCUGUAUAUGAAGGUAUUCCUGUACUUAAAGCUAUACAGUCACUUCCUGUUGCCAGUAAAGCUGUACAUGAAAGAUCAAAGCAGAUUUUGCUGUCAGAUGGAAAGGUGAAGACUGGUGGUAUAGAGAAACCAGUGGCUGAACAACCAGACUGUCUUACUGAAGAUAUUUUAGAAGAUAUUAAAGUUCGAUGCUGUUUUACAACAAAAUUCGAUCGUGCAAAGAAAAUUCAUCGAGUCACAAUGUUUGGUGAAGAUGAAAGCAGUCUGCCAACCCCACCCCCUAGUGUUCAGUACCCUCUAGAUGGGGGAAGUGUUCUACAUGUAGAUGGUAAAGUUAGGGAGCAUGCCUGUGAAGUCAUGUUUGAACAAGAUAAUGAACAACAAUCUAUAGCCACUCUUCUCCUUGAUGCUAUUAUUCAGAGUCCAAUAGAUAUGAGAGUGGAACUGUCCCAUAACAUCGUGAUUAUAGGAGGGACAGCUCUGUUACCAGGGUUUCUACAUCGCAUACAGAUGGAGCUACAAGAUCUGAUCAAGCAACCAAGAUAUACCAAUGUUCUAGCACUAAAAAAAUUUAAGUUCCAUCAACCACCUGCAAAAGCUAAUUACACUGCUUGGCUUGGAGGAUCGAUGUUUGGAGCCCUGGAUACACUAGCAAGCAAGAGUGUCAGUCGGGACCAGUAUAAGGAAACAGGAAGUUUAUCUGAUUGGUGUAACAUCGCAUCUUGAUAGAAAUCCUCAUCUGACUGGACCAGAAAUACGUCAUUGUUGGACUUGUAGAACAUUAUUGUGAUAGCUGUCUUCACCGGCUUGAUGUAACAUCUUGUGUUUAAGCAAAUUGUGGUCAGAUUUAUGUAGCAUGAUAUCAAUGAAUGAGUGGUGUAAACUCCAGUUGUGACAUGUGUUAUUGUGGGAAUGGUGUUAUAAUAUUUUGUUAUAAUAAAAUCUGCCGGGUAUUUUUAGCUCAUCUGAUUUUUUGAAAAAAAAUGAUGAGUUAUUGUCAUCACUUGAGCGGUUGUCGGCGUCGGCGUCGGCGUCGGCGUUGCCUGGUUAAGUUUUAUGUUUAGGUCAGCUUUUCUCCUAAACUAUCAAAGCUAUUGCUUUGAAACUUGGAAUACUUGUUCACCAUCAUAAGCUGACCCUGUAUAGCAAGAAACAUAACUCCAUCUUGAUUUUUGCAAGAUUUAUGGCCCUUUUGUACUUAGAAAAUAUCAGAUUUCUUGGUUAAGUUUUAUGUUUAGGUCAACUUUUCUCCUAAACUAUCAAAGCUAUUGCUUUGAAACUUGGAAUACUUGUUCACCAUCAUAAGCAGACCCUGUACAUCAAGAAACAUAACUCCAUCUUGCUUUUUGCAAGAAUUAUUGCCCCUUUUGGACUUAGAAAAUCAGUUUUCUUGGUUAAGUUUUAUGUUUAGGUCAGUUUUUCUCCUAAACUGUCAAAGCUAUUGCUUUAAAACUUGCAACACUUGUUCACCAUCAUAAGUUGACCCUGUACAGCAAGAGACAUAACUCCAUCCUGCUUUUUGCAAGAUUUAUGGCCCUUUUUGGACUUAGAAAAUAUCAGAUUUCUUGGUUAAGUUUUAUGUUUAGGUCAACUUUUUCUCUUAAACUAUCAAUGCUAUUGCUUUGAAACUUGCAACACUUGUUCACCAUCAUAAGCUGACCCUGUACAGCAAGCAACAUAACUCCAUCCUGCUUUUUGCAAUAAUUAUUGCCCCUUGUGGACUUAGAAAAUCAUUUUCUUGGUUGAGUAUUAUGUUUAAGUCAACUUUUCUCAUAAACUAUCAAAGCUAUUGCUUUAAAACUUGCAACAGUUUUUCACCAUCAUAAGUGGACACUGAACUUCAAGAAACAUAACUCUAUCCUGCUUUUUGCAAGAAUGAUGGCCCUUUUUAGACUUAGAAAAUCAUGGGUAGGACAAUAUUUCUAUUACACAAAAAAAAAUCAGAUGAGCGUCAGCACCCGCAAGGCGGUGCUCUUGUUUUUGGAUGAGGUUAUGUACUUGAAAAACUUGUUAGGGAUAUCAUGAAUGUGUGAAAAAUGUGAAACAUACUGAAAUUGUACACCUUAGCACAACUGUUGCCAAAGGCUUGUUGUAGUUGUUGUGAUCAUGUAUUGUCUGUCAUCCAUCCAUCCAUCCAUCCAUCCGUCGUUGCUUUAUAUAACAUCUCUGAAACCACUUUAUAAAAUUUCACAGUGAUAGUUCUCCAGUUUCCUACACCUAAAAUAAAGGAUUUAUUCAAGCAGAACUCUGGUUUCCAUGACAGAUAAAAGAGAAUACUUACAAAAAGUCCUUGUUUCUGAAGCUGAUUGUAAGAUUUCAGAAGAAUUUUACCGAAAUAAUCAUAGGAUGACACAUUGCUGUAUAGCUAAACAAAAUUGGUCAAGAAACUUGGCCACCAUGAGCAGGAUUUUUUUUUUCUACAGAUAUUUUGAAAACUUAAAAAGUCUGAAAUGCAUUGUAGAGAUUGGCUUUGACCACUUACUCAUAAUAUGACUUUGAACAUAGUGUGAUUAAAAACAAGUGUAUUACGUUUCAAGGCAACAGUUAAAGCAGAUUUUAAUCAAAUUUUGGGAGGCAUAUUCAGUAAAAGGUCAAGUUUUUGUAUUAUUAGAAUAGUCCUGUUGAUAUAUACUGAAAAUUGUUAAGAUAUUCUCCUGUGAAAUGGAUUAUCCUGAUUAAAAAUAAUUCCAUCAGAAUAUAUAAGAUCGUUGGUCCUUUAUAAACAUGGCUGCGAUGGAUGGGACUUGAUACAGAGAAAAUGUCAAAACUGUCUUCACUAAAGACAGUGAUCAUAAAGUUCUUGAAACUAUUUGGAUAAUUAUCUUUUCACUUUUUUUAAAUCUGCGGCAAAGUGAGGUUUUACAGAGUUCUAAACAGAAAAAAAAAAGACAGCGGUUUGUCAUACAGUUACUGUCGUCUGUCUUAAACAUUCAAUGUAAGCAGCAGUAAGGAGGUCUAGGAUUUAAGAGAGAAUUUUGAAUGGUUUAAUUGGUUGUAUAUUGUGACAGUGAUUGGUACUGCAGAGACAGUGUUGACAUGGAGAUGUAUAGCACAGUCAACAUGGUCUACAGCUGUCAAUUUUGUUUCAGGCAAAUUAACCCCUAGAGAUUCUGUCUUGAUAGUUGUAUGGAAGACAACAGGCAGUUGAUGAAUGCUGAAGAAUAGUGGAAAUUAGAUUAUCAUUGCAAGGUGCAUGCUCAGCAAUACCAGAUCCUAAUUUCCAUAAUUGUAUCUAAAUGGUAUAGGCUGGCAUCCCUCAAAAUCUUUCUUUUAAAGGCUGAAAGUGCUGCAUUCAGUCUCAGUUUUAAAAGACCAGUCUCAGUUUUAUAACCUAAGGCAUUGAUUUAUAUCCUGUGUUGUAAACAUGCCGUUAUUAUGUAUAGUUAUAGUUAUGGAUUUUCUAUCAUGUCCGCAGUUAUUUACCUGCGUAGCUGUAAUUGUCAUAAUUUGCCUGCUUGUCUUGAAAAUUUUUCAUCCAGUUACUGUCUGUAAGAUAAACACCUCCUUUAAAGUAUAAUUAUUUUAUUAAUUUUGAAA